AUCACCCUCGCUGUCUGCUUUGUCCUAAUGUUCGGAAACUCCAUGCUGCUCACGUCCUUCUACGCCUCCUCGCUCGUCUCCAUCUGGGCAAUCAUCGCAUUGAGGGAUCGAUUUGUUCAACUCUUCAGACCUGGCAUCGUCAUGUGGGUCAUGCAGGGCUUCGCUUGGGUCGGCUCCACAGUUCUGCUCAAAUUCCUGCUGUCCACGGUCCUCUGCGCCUCAGAUGAUGCGCACAUCAGUGGACUGAUAAAGUCUAAGUUCACGAGCUACAAAGACUUCCACACUCUGAUGUACACGUGUGCUGCAGAGUUUGACUUCCUGGAGUUAGAGGCCCCUUUAAAAUAUAACAAGGGUUUCUGCCUAAGUGUAACCCUCACCCUGGCCUAA